AUGGUGAAGCUUAGCAACAACUGUGGGGAGGCAGCAAAAAGCGAGUUACCCCAGGGUGCGAAGCGGCGGCGAUUUCCACCCCUUUCCCGCUCGAAAACUGGGGCCUGGGGCCCGGGGGCGGUAGUUAAGAGGCCCGCGCGGGUCGUGGUGAAGGUUUGGGGUCCGGGGAAGGGGCGGCGGGCGGGAUUUCACCGAAGAAAGAGGAGCCAGGGGCGCGGGGAGGAGGAGGGAGAGCAGGCUCGGCGCCGCGGCGGUUGCUGCUGGCCCAGCUCGGGGCUGACGGCAAGCGGGGCUCGGUUCCGGGGAAGCGGGCAGACGGGGAAACUUACCCCCCUUCUCCUUCGGCUGGAGCUCGGCGAGCGAGAGGCGGCGCUGGCGUUGGAGAGCGACGGCGGCGCGGCGGCGGCUGCGAACACAAUUGAAAGAUGGCUGACACCGAGGCUAUCCCCCAACACACGCCGCCCCGCCCCCGCGCCGCGCGCCAGCCAAUCACACACAAUGGAGGGAAGGCUCGGCCCCGCCCCCAUAGCGCCUCUCGCGCCCCGCCCCCGCCCUUCCCCCCGCGCGCCCGUUCGCUGGCGCGCGCUCGCCCCUCCCCCGCGCGCCGCCCGCUCCCUCCUCCAGGCCGCCUCGCGCCGUGUGUGUACAAACACAAAAGACACGCUGAGGGGCCGCCGGCUCCCGCCGAGACUGCCGCCCGCACCCGGCCAGCCCCCGCCCCCGGCCCUGCACUCCCAUCCCGCUCCGUGUGCGCACGGCGUCGAACCCCCGAAGCCCGGGUUUGGGGCGCCCGGAGGGAAGUGGGGGGAGGGGAAGGCGGGCGGAGGCGCGGCGGGUGAACGCCCGGCCUGCGGGCGUCUCGGGCCGCGGCGGGGAGGGGAGGGAGGGGCUGCCCCCGCGCGGGCCCCGGCGCGCGCCCCCGAGGAGACCCGGGCGGCAGUGGGGGAGGAGGACGCGGUCGGCCGGGUCGCCGCGCCCCAUUGGAAAACGCUCCCCAGCAGGAAGCUGGCAAAUAGGAAUCCAGCGUCCCGCGCCCGCUGUCGGACCUGGCCGCUGCGGCAGCGGGAGGGGCGGACCGACGGCCUCCUUCCCGCCUGCGCCCUCGGCCAAGUGCGGCCGGGUCCUGCGGGACCGGCCCGAGUCCGCCGUAGACAACUUGAUCCGCUAAGACUCCUGGGCCGGCCGCCUGCGUGCAGGGCAGCCCCUCGCCGGUAUCGGCCUCCGGGAUCAGGGGACGGGGCUCGCUCUCCUUCCGGGCCCGGGCCCCCGACGCAAGAUGGCUGUGUUGCGUCGGCGUCUAAACAAUGUGUGGAGCGCGCAGCUCCUGCACCAGGGCCCGGUGGCUUGUCCUGCCCGCCCGUGGGGGCCGUGUGAUCUGUUUUCGGUAGGAUUGCUUUGGAAAGGAAUUGCCGAAUAUAGAUAGUCAAAUGUCCGCAGCUUCUGCAUAGUUUAGAAGAGGCUGAAAACGGCAGAAAGAAGGCAAACAUGGUUUGGGAAUUAGUACAUAUACCUGUUUUCCAAUUCUCAGUAACAUAGGAAACGGACUUUUCAUGGCCCAAGUUAUCCUCACGACUUGUCAGUUGAUUAGCUUUGGAACCUCUGAACCGUCCCUAGAUGGUAUUGACGCUUCACAACUGUGUGUAAAGGUUUUCAAUGGAAGGGUCAUACAAAUAUCCCGUAGGGUAGUGAAGGAGGAAAAUUUCAUAAAUGAAGGGCAGUAAUUAUUUGUAAUCUGAAGAUCUCACAAAGCGUCUUAGUGAUAAACAUUAUCCCAAAACAGAUACAUGGAAAUCAGAUACGAGGGAAGAAAUGGAUUUGUCCAAGGUCACUUAAGUGAGGAAGAGACCUAGAAGAAACAGACAAAAAUCCAGGCCUCCCGUUUCAUUAUUAUUUCAUGAAUGUUAAGUGUCCAUGGUUGCCGUGCAGAACACAUGCAAUCUCUAAUCCUAUCCUAAAAGCACAUAUGCAAUCAGCUUGGACCGAGCUGCUAGCAAAGAAUUUCCUAUAAUUCAAGCCAAGAUGAGUUAUUUUGCUUGUUUUUUGUUUUGUUUUCAGGAAACCGAAAUAUUUAUUGUUGGAUUUAUCCAGGAAGGCUGUUCUGCAUUAGUUAAAUGCAUGAUAUCUUCAAGAAAUGUUAAAUGACAUGGAUGCUUCCAGCCCUGAAGCAUCAGACUCCAGGUUCUUUGGCUUUUGGACUCUUGGAGUUACAUCAGUGGUUUCCCAGGAACUCUCCAGCCUUGGGCCACAGACUGAAGUUUGCACUGUCGGCUUCCCUGCUUUUGAGGUUUUGUGACUCAGACUGAGCCAACUGGCUUCCUUGCUCUUCAGCUUGUGGACGGCCUAUCGUGGGACUUUGCCUUGUGAUUGUGUGAGUCAAUUGUCCUUAAUAAACUGCCUUUCAUAUA